CCCCAUGUGAGAAAAUAAAGGCAAUGUGGUAUAAGAAAUAGAAGUAAGCCAAAGCAAAAGCGAAAGGAUGUAUAUAGAUUAUAAAUAGGAAGAGAAGCAUAUGAAGAGUUAGGCUGAAUCCAAAUAAUAUAUGAUGGGAGAGAAUAGAAAAGGUUUGAUGGUAGUGAUUUUGAUUCAAACCAUUAACGCUGGCAUGUUUUUGCUUUCAAAGGCCGCAUUGAACGGCGGAAUGAACCACUAUGUUUUUAUUUUUUACCGCCAAGCCAUCGCCACCCUCUUCCUUUCCCCCUUACCCUUUCUCCAAUGGAAUGAUGCCCCACCUUUGACAUUCUUCACCUUCUGCAAGAUUUUUCUGCUCUCUUUGUUAGGGAUAAGCAUAUGUUUAAAUUUGUAUGCAAUAGCUCUUGUGUACACGUCAGCAACAUUGGCUGCAGCAACUGCCAAUUGUCUUCCCGUCAUCACCUUCUUUGUCGCUCUUUUACUCAGGAUGGAGGUGUUGAGGUUGAAGUCAAUAGCAGGAGCUGCAAAGCUAGCAGGAAUAUUAUUGUGCAUUGGUGGAGUGGGAAUGUUAGCAUUUUACAAAGGCCCUCAAUUGAACUUAUUUAACAAUCAUCAUCUCUUUAAUAUCCAUAACCCUAAUCACCAUUCUUCUUCUCUUGCAUUGCCCAAAUCUUGGUUGAAGGGUUGCUUUUUGAUGCUAGCUUCCAAUACCUUAUGGAGCAUUUGGGUUGUUCUUCAGGCACUUGUAUUGGAAAGCUAUCCUUCGAAGCUUCUGUUAACAAAUCUUCAAUGUUUAUUAAGUUCAUUUCAAACCUUUGCUAUUGCUAUUGCAAUGAAGAGAGACCCUCAGCAAUGGAAACUUGGUUGGAAUCUUAGGCUUCUCUCAGUCGUACUGUGUAAUUUUCUCUAUUCAGGAACGAUGACUGCAGUUACAUUUUGCCUUCAAGCUUGGGUUAUUGAGAAGAAAGGACCAGUUUAUCUAGCCAUGUCUACACCUUUGGCUCUUAUCAUUACAACCUUCUUUUCUGCUAUUUUUCUUGGAGAGAGUAUCACUCUAGGAAGUACUUUAGGGGGAAUGUUACUGGUGGGAGGGCUUUAUUUUGUGCUAUGGGGAAAGAGCAAAGAGCAAAAAGUAAGUGAAGAGUUGAAAGAAGGUAGCAAAGAGUGCAACAUUGAAGUGAAGGAUAUCACUAAAUUAGGCAAUGAGUUAAAUCCAACAUCUUCAGUUGAAAAUGUCUGAAUUUUUUAGGUUAUUAAUUUUAAUUAUUACUAUGCUUAUGUUAUAUUUUAAUUUAUUGUCUAGAGGAAAAAAUUCCAAU